GGCCAACGCUUCCGCUCGCCGCCGCCGACUCCAAUUCCAGCUCGAAACACCCUUCCCCCUUCCCCCGCGGCAAAGCCCGACGACUUCCCCGCCGUCUCCCUCCUUCCCCCGCCCACCCGGGCCGGAAGCCCUAAGCCGGCAUGGAUUCGCUCCUCGCCAGCUACGUCUCCUCCGACGAAGACGCCGACGAAACCCUACCCUCCCCCGCUCCCGCCGCCGUUGACGCGACCCACCGCAGCGAGGGCUCCCACGGCGGCAUCCGUUCCUCGAUCCCGCGGCCCAAGUUAGCCCCAACCUUCUCCUCCCUCCCGAAGCCGGAAUCCGCCUCCACCUUCUCCUCCCUCCCGCCUCCCAAGUCCUCCGCUUCCUCCGGAAACCCUAAGCGCGUCGUCCAGUUCCGCCCGCAGCCGAUCCACCAGCCCACGGGCGACAGCUCCGACGAGGAGGAUGACGCCGGGAAGUGCCGUCCUAGCGUCAGCGAGGCGCCCCCGUCCCUGUCUGCUGGCUCGGGGCCCGUGUCUUCGUUCCUCCCGGCGCCCAAGCACUCUCUCGGGUUUGGCUCCGGCGCGGCCAGGAGGUCGGCCGUAGACACUGCGGGGCCGGAGAGGUCCAAUAUUGGCGCUGCUGGACCUUCUAGCUCGGCUGUCAACACAGGGGUAGCAGAAAGGCCCGAUACUGGCGCCGCGGACGACGACAGUGCUGAGGAGAGCAACGAUGAGGCUAGCAUGCCUGCUCCUGAGGAAAAGCAAGAACAACCGAGUCUUCAUGCUGGAGCUGGAGACCAACAACAGCAUGGUUAUGAUACUACGGUUGGGAGCGCUACUUGGUAUGAAGGCUAUGCAUGGGAACCAAACUAUUAUGGUGCAGAUUAUGGGUUGGAUCAGAGUGGAAAUGUGAAUUAUGGUACUGAUCCACAGUAUGCGGCAUAUGGAGUAGACCAAGGUGCUGGAUAUGGUAAUGGGUAUGUCGGAGAGCACUCUGGUGGGUACCAGCAUUCAACAGCGCCGCCAUCUGGAGUGGAAUACACUGGUGGGUACAGAUCGGAGGUGGCAGCAAUGCCAGCGCCACAUAUGCACGAUCUGGUACUGCCACCAGAGGCGGGCAGGAUAGGAGGGAAGAGAGGUAGGAAGGAUAUGCCGAUGGAGGUUUUAGAGGUGAACCAGGCAGAACUGAUGAAGAACCGUCCGAGGGAGGACAAGUCCAAGCUCACAGGGUUGGCCUUUGGUCCUAGUUACCAGGCCGCUCCUUCGGGGAAGGGAAAGCCCUCGAAGUUGCAGAAGAGGAAGCAUCAGAUCGGGUCUCUGUUCUAUGACAUGAAGCAAAAGGAGAUGGAGCUCUCCGAGAGGCGUUCCAAGGGCUUACUCACCAAGGCAGAGACUCACGCAAAAUAUGGGUGGUGAGCAUGGGUCAGGGAAGACCGCCUUGUAUAUCAGGACCCAACUGUUUAUUCAAGCUUCUUGAUGUCUAUUACUGCCUCUGAUCCUAAAUUUUUGAGUCAAAUUUGCCAAAUAUGGAUGUAUCUAUUUUUAAAAAGCGUCUAGAUACAUCUAAUAUUUCGACAACAAUUUAGGAUCGGAGGGAGUAAUUUGUUUUUGUAAAAUGGUUAUUGGUGAUGUGGACCCUGUUGUACAAUUAGAACAAACAGUUUAAUUGAUCA